AUGCGUUCGGUGCUCAGGGUCUCACGAGCGCUACCCGCUCCCGCUUGUCGGCCUCGAGUCUCACGCAUCAUUUUGGGCAACGGUGCUAGAUUGAACAGUUCCAAUGCUUCAGGAAAGACAGAGAGCUCAAAAGAGAACAAUUCUUCUGGAUCUACAAACUCUACCUCGCCCUUUUGGACCCCGACUAAGGCUCUGCUUGUCUCCGCAUUUGCUGCGGGGUUGGGUUACGGCUGCGCUUCAAUUAACCAGACAUCCACACAGACUGUCACCAAGCCCCAAUAUGGCACGGCGAAGGAUUUUGCAAAGGCCAUCAGUGAGCUGAGAGCCAAACUAGGUGAAGACACAAUUGGCACCGACGAAGAAGAGCUCCACCAGCACGGUUUCUCAGAAUGGUCCAGCCUCAACGCUGAGCGCCUCCCGGUCGCAAUCGCAUACCCCAAGUCUACAGAAGAAGUCUCCGAGAUCGCCAAGGUGUGCAACAAGUACCGCAUGCCAAUGAUCCCUUACUCAGGCGGAUCGAGUCUGGAAGCCAACUUCUCCGCACCACACGGCGGCAUGACGAUUGACUUCGCAUCCAUGAACAAAAUUUUGGAAAUCCACCCCGAUGACAUGGACAUCGUCGUCCAGCCCUCCAUCCAGUGGAUGGACCUCAAUGAGCAGAUCAAGGACACUGGCAUGUUCUUCCCCGUUGAUCCCGGCCCAUCCGCCAUGAUCGGCGGUAUGGUGGGUACAAACUGCAGUGGUACCAAUGCUGUUCGCUACGGUACCAUGAAGGACUGGGUUAUCAACCUCACAGUCGUUCUGGCUGAUGGCCGGGUUAUCAAAACCCGCAGACGUCCCCGCAAGACCUCUGCUGGAUACAACCUCACAGGCAUGUUCGUGGGUUCAGAAGGUACCCUCGGUAUUGUCACUGAGGCUACCUUGAAGCUCGCACCCAUCCCUGAGUUGACACGCGUUGGCGUCGUCGCGUUCCCAACUAUUCGUGACGCCGCGUCGACGGCUAUGCAGCUUAUCCGCAAGGGUGUCCCCGUGCAGUGCAUGGAGAUUAUGGAUGAUGUUCAGAUGGAUGUCAUCAACCGGGCGGGUGGAACUGGUCGCGCAUGGAAGGUCUCGCCGACUCUUUUCUUCAAGUUCUCGGGAACUACUGCCGGUGUCGCUGAUAGUAUCAAUCUAACCACGCAGCUCGCGAAGGGCAACAAUGCGGAAUCCUUCGAAUUUGCUCGGGAUGACCGUGAGGCUCAUGACUUGUGGUCAGCACGUAAGCAGUCUUUGUGGAGCAUGAUGGCUCUGCGUAAGGAGGGAUCAGAGGUGUGGUCGACUGAUGUGGCAGUGCCCAUUUCUCGACUGCCUGAUAUUAUCGAAACCUCCAAGAAGGAAUUGGUCGACUUGGGUCUUUUCGCCAGUAUCCUUGGCCAUAUCGGCGACGGAAACUUCCACGCAAGUAUCAUGUAUGACCGAAAUGAUCCUGCUGAGCGGGAGCGCGUCGAAAAGGUGGUCUACGACAUGGUGGACCGUGGACUGGAAAUGGAGGGCUCAUGCACAGGCGAGCACGGCAUUGGACUGGGCAAGAAGGGAUCGCUCAAGAAGGAAGUUGGACCGGAAACCAUCAACGUCAUGCGCAGUAUCAAGCGUUCGUUGGAUCCGAACUGGCUACUGAAUCCUGGCAAGAUCUUCGACUACGACGAGGACACACCUGGGCCGGGACAUUAA